AUGGUGCUGGAGAAGCUGGCCGAGGCCAUGACUGGCGAGGAGGGUGGUCAGGCGAUGGCGGGCAUUGUCCAGGGCAUGGCCGCGGUGCUGACCAAGCUGCCGAGUGCUGCGUCAGCAUCUGAUGCUGUGGCUUUGCUGAGGAUUGUGUCGGCGGCUGUGGCCGACCGCGCCCGCGAUGUGGUUCCGCUCCUUCCGCAGUCUAUACUUCCGACGGCACUGCCGUUUCUUCUCUCGCUUGGCAGUGCUGACGACGAAGACGUGGCGCGGUUUGCGCUGCGGGCGGUCGGCGACCUGCUGGCGAGGACGGCGGCGGUGGUGGAACCAGGCAUUCGCGUCAGGGUCUGCGGCGGGCUGGCCGCCGUGAUCAAGGCGCUGGAGACGCCGCGGGUACUGGCAGGGGCAUAUCGGGCGCUGGCGGUGGUGGCGGCCGAGACUCGCGAGGCCGCGAGCAUGCCCGAGCUUUGCGAGGUCCUGAUCGGCGUCACCCGCGACGGCGUCUUCCACGGCCCGCCGCGGGUCCGAAUCAAUGCACUUGGGCUGCUAGUUUCGCUGGGCAAGGCACUGCCAGUGCCGCUUGCGCAGCGAUGGGACGUCUUUCUCCCAAGCGGAAGCGGCUCCAGCCUGCUGAGUUUGGCGGUGGAGGAUGACGAUGGGAGCGGGGUCCCGGGCAAGGCCAUGGACGCGCUCCUGGCGUUGCUGGAGGGCUCGAAGAAGACGCUGGCGGCCGGAACUCGGUCGACGACCGGCUCGCGGUCCUACACCUCGUUUGCGCACACAAUCGGCGACAUUCUGUGGCACACGCAUGCCGGCUUGCUGCGGCUCAUCUCGCAGACACCGCAGCUGGCGGCACCGGUAGUCGACACUGGGCUCAAGGCGCUCUGCAUCCUGCUCAUCAACUGCAACUAUACCCGGCUGGCGUCGGACGGCGGCAUUGUAGUAGAGCUGGCGUCAGCAGCGCUGCAGCUCGCGCUGCGGCCUCAGACUCAGGCUGGCGUGGCGCCUUCGACACAGCAGCUCGCGCUCUCGUGCGUGGCAGCAAGCCUGCGGACGGCAUCACCGCUUGACGACGUGGCGGUGUGGCUGACUCUGGGUGCGGCUGCCGAGGCGCCGCUGCACACGCUGGUGGCCGCCGCUGUGGCGGCACCAGAGCGCGAUCCGGCGGCCAAGGUCUUUGACGUCCUCCGCUGGAUGGCGCGCGGCUACCCGGUCGUGGCCUACGCGGCGUACUUGCCGCUGCUUGAGCCGAUGGCCGGCGACAAGCUCCUGGAGGUACCGGUCGCGACCCGGACCGCGGUUGCCCACUUUGUGGCCGAGCUCGGCUCGGGCUGCGGGAGCAUUUUGGCUGGGCGAAGCGGGACAACAGCGGGUGAGGUCUUUGCCACGCUAGAGCGGAUGGUGCUCAGGGUAGGGAUGGCCGAUCCGGUCGACGCGGUGCGCGCACACAGCAUUUCUGCGCUGGCGGGCAUGCUUCCGGUUCUGGGUGCGAGCGAGGAUGAGGCGCUGGCGCCGUUGGUGGAGGCUGCGGUGUUUGAGCUCGCGGCCGACCUUGUUGCGGGCUCCAAGGCUGUUGUGGCGCGGGGCGAGGCUGCGCGACUGGUGGGGCUUGCGGUCGACACCCCGUUUGCAGUGGCGAACGGCUUGCAGGUUCUCGGCGACGCGUUGGAGCGACUGGUGGCGGCGGUGGGGAGCAGCGGCGGGGUGCGUGAGCCACUGGCAUCAGCGCUGGUCAAGGCAGCGGCAUCGGCAGGCUCUGUGGCUAUGCGGAGCGAAGCCGGCGAGGGAGGGAGCGACGGGGCCGACCGGUGCGCCGACGCGUUGUUGGCGCUUCUGGGAGUGCGCGGAAAGCACACGGCGGCGACGGCGCGGUCGCUGGGCGCAGUGGUGUGCGCGCUGGUUCGAAGCGGGCAGCGUGACGUGUGUGCUCGAGCUGCGGGAGCGCUUGUGGAUGUGGUCCGUGGUGAGCGGGCGGCGCCGGACAAGGCGGUGUGGUCUGCGUGUGACGGGCUUGCGCUUGCGCUUGGCGCAUGGUGUGGCGAGGUUGGCGCCGGAAGCGACGGCAGUGAGUGGGUGGGCGCUGCGCUGCGGGCACUGGCAACUGCAGGCGGCGAGGCUGCCAACUUUCGGACUCGAGUGGCGGCGCUGGGAGCACUGAGUGCGCCCCGGAGCCGGUCGUGGUACGGGACGGCAGAGGAGCUUGCGGGAGUGGUGGUGCAGAUUGGCGGAGCGCUGCCGGGCGUGCUGACGGUGACCGACGAGCGGCAGUACAGGUACCGCGAUGAGGUGGAGGGCGGGGCGGAGGCUGCGGUGGUGUAUGUUCUUGCUGGAGCUGAGGCAAGUGAUCUGGCUGCGGUGGCGAGCGCGGUGGCGGAGCGGCCGCAGCUUCGGACUGCGCUCGAUGCGCUCUUUACGGAGCUCCCUGUCCAGCCGCGGGUCUCGCCGCUCCGUGGUGGCGGCGAGUACGGGUCUUUCUCUGCCUCGUCUGCGGAUCCCGAGGAAGAGUACGUGGCGACAUCGCCAGGCUCUGUGGCGUCAUCGUCUGCGUUUGCGCCUGUUCUCGGAGCGCGUGCGCUCUCGCUAUACGCGGCAGCGCUCGAGACCUGGCACCGUAUGUGGGGCUCAGGAUGAGGCAGCAGCAGCUGCGGCGGCGAGAGCAUCGGCGAGGACAGCGAUGGACGAGGC